AUGCACGUCCGUGUUGCUUGGGAAAUUUACCAUCACCAGCAGAAAGGUGGCUUACCUGCAGAGUCAAAAGUUGGGUCUCUUUUAAAAGAUCCAUUGAGACCUCCCACUCACAUGUUUGGGCCACCAUUUCCAUCUGCCCAUCGACCACCACCUACGUUUGAACCACCCCCUCCUCCCACUGCUUUUCCGCCAAUAGGACAGUCAGGAUCUCUUGGUUUUCAAGGUGGAAGUAUGUUUGGAAGGUAUGCCACAGCUGCAGCGCCACCUUCUGCAUAUCCUUCUUUGCCAACGUUUCCUCAUACUGCUCCGCCUUUACAUGAUCCAUGGACAAGAUUAAGCUCUAGUCGAUUAGCUCCCCCAGGAUUCCCAACAGGUUGGGGCAUGAAGCCGGAGCCUUCGGCUGAAGAGAAGAGUAGAGAAAGGGCGAGGCGAGAAGAAAAGGCUCGUCGACUCGCUCAGCUCGGAAGUAAAGUUCGUGAUCGUUCACCGCUAAGGGGUGAAGGUAGCAGUAAAGACGAACCUGCUUAUCUUCGUCAGUCGUUAAGGGGUCCACCUCAUUUUCCAGCACCUGCGUGGGAACAUCAUUACAGGUAUGAUCCAUUGAGGUUCAACCCUCUGGUAGCUGCAGCUCUCCGAGAAGAAGAAGCAAAACUUUUUUACCCAGGACUUCGAGGCAAAGCACCUAGUCCACAUCAGCCAAAGGAAGAAUCUUCUCAGUCUCGAUAG